AUGUCAACUCGAAAAUUAAUGUACUCUACUAACACACAAAAAUGUCACUUUGUUUGUUGGACACCAAGAAAAACAGUGAUUUUUCUGGUAAAAAGGGACGAGCAGUUCAUAAAAGAUCUUCUUAUUCAACUGAAAGGGUUUUGGAGUGAAGCACAGGCUGGAAAAAUACCCACUUGGAACACACACCUUGACCAUCCCAAAGCACAGGCUCAGAAGAUUUGCAACCAGUCAACGGUCUUGACAACACUAACAUCCUGCAGAAGUGAAAAUGCCAUGGAACACAAAGAUUUUAAUAUGUUUUGGAAGUACGCUCAGGGGACGCCCACACGAAAGUGCCAAGGCUGCAGGAAACUGCAAGUCCUCUGCAGAGUUAAUCCUUGCCAAAAAAAGUUACAUUCAAAUCCCUCUUCACCAUCUUCCAGUAUCUUCCAAUCAUACACAUAUGGCUCUGGUCAAAUGGCAAAUUCCUGUUAUUUGGACACUUUUCUAGAAUCCAUUUAUCAUCCUUUCAUACGACAAAUAACACCGGAAAGAACACACUUUGAUCAUACCACUCCAGCUAUGGAUACACUUCUCGAAUCUAUUGUCCUCCGUGGACAAGGAAGUUUUCAUAGAAGUAAAAUGGUUCUCUGGACCUAUUUACACCAUCACACUUCUAAUGGAAGGACGACUUUUCCACUGGGCCAAAUGGCGGGAAUUUCCAACGUCUUUACUGCUCUGUGUUCAAACAUGUCACAACCAGAAAAGAAUGCUCUCUUCAUCACAGAUUCAGUCAACAUCAAAUGCAGAAAGUGUAACCAUUGCCGUAACAUAGUAAACACUCACAGUUCAUACUUCAUACACCACACUAAUAUAAACAUAAUGGAUAUAACAGAUUCUACAUAUGAUCCAGUGCAGGUUGCAGAAAAGGUACUCGUUCAGCAGGAUAUUCUCUGCUCACAAAGAGGUAUUUGUUUAAGAUCAAAUGAUGAUGGCUCUGUUUGUGGAGGUCAACUUUCCCACUCGUCUUCCGUGGUUAAUAAUCCCUUUCUUCUAGUGUUUGAGCUUGAUAAGGACGAAAACAGGCCCAUCCAGCCAGGACUGUCAAGUAAGCUCCACCUAAGGGUCAAGAAAGAUAAAUAUGACCUGGCAGCAAUUAUAUACCACCACAACUUUCAUUUCUGGUGCGAAGUAUUUGUUAGUGAAAAAAGGUACAGAGAGGGAUGGUUCUUGUACAAUGAUAUGUGGAACAAUGGCAAAGCUGAAUACGUUGGAAAACAUCCCCCAAGAAAAACGGCAUCAUACAUGCACAUGUUAGUGUUCGAAAGGUCUCAAGUUAACAUGACGACAUCAUGCUCGAAAGAUCACUCAGCAUCAUUAAAGAACAUCAUGUCCGUGGCCUUCCAAAGUAACAUCACUCCUAAUGCCAAGCAAGUAAAGCAGAAUUACAUUGACAUUUUCGCUCUAUAG